GGCUCUACGGCUUUACCUCCCCCUCUCAGGUGUUUUCUGAGGAAAGAGAAUUCCCACCCCUGCAGGGCGGCGGCUUGGGCAACAGGGCUGGGAACAGCAACGCCGAGCAGGUAACGGCAGAAUUUCAGCGUCACGCCACGUACUGGAGCUACCUGAGCCGUUCCCAGGAAGAAUGGGGCAUUAAAGGUCUGCGUUCCUCACAAACAGCGUGAGACCUUGAUCACGACUGCAGUUAUCACCACCAGGAACAGGGACAACCAGCUUUCAGAGCAACCGGAAUCCAACCAUCUUUCCUGCUACUCAGAGCUGGGUCCAGAACGGGACUGCGAAACAGAGAAGAGUGUUGACCUGAGGAUCAGUGGUGGGGUGUCCAGAUCUUAAGCAGGACUGCUCACCUGUGGGAUGAGAGGGUACAGUCUGCACUCGUCCACGAGUCACAUCUGCAGUCUGACAGGGCAUUGUUAAUCCUCCAAGUGGAUUGUGAACAGAUGAUUUCCUCCAGGAAAGACAAACUCCCAUCCCUCAGCCUAGAGGACACCUUCUUCCCCUUCUCUUCAUCAUCACAGAAGAGGGGUUCCCUGAUCCUUCCUGAGUCUAUUCACAGGCUCGAGGCUAUCGGCAAACCCCAGCCCGAGCUCGAUCCUGAUGCGCCAGGCUCUCCUGGGGCAGACAGCAGUUCCAUGUUACUGGAGAGAGACCUGAUCCUGGCUGCAGAGCUGGGCCAGGCGCUGCUGGAGAAGAACGAGGAGCUAGGAGCCCAGCUGGAGCAGCGGGACAGAGAGAUCGAGGCUCUACAGCAGGAGAAGCACGUGCUCCAGCGGAGGCUCGAGGUCCAAGAGCUAGAGGCAAGCCAGCGGGAUGCCGAGCUCCAAGCAGACGUUGCCGCACUCCAAGAGCAGCUGGACCGGCGGCUCAGCCAGGGCCGAGACCGCCGGCGGGAGGAGAACGAGCAGCUCACGCAGCUUUCCAGCCACAACCAGCGGCUGGUGGAGCAGCUGGCUGAGGCAGUGUCUGUGGAGCACAGCCUGCGCUCAGAGCUCCGCUCACUGAGGGAGGAGAUGGAAGAUGGGAGCCUCAGCCACUCCAUCAGCUCUGCCAGGCUGGAAAGCUUGCAGGCCGAGACCAGGGUACUGCAAGAGCGCAAAACCAAUUUGGAGGAGCGACUCAGCCUAAUGCAGGAGGACAACAGCAGGCUGCGGUCUGAGAGGGACGGUCUGAGGGAGAAGGUGAUAGAGCUGCAGACCACUCUGAGCGACAGAGAGGCAGAGCUCGACCAGGAGCGCAGCUCUGUCUUCCAGCUGCGCACCCUGAACCACUCACUGCAGCAGAGGGUGCAGGUGCUGGGGGAGGAGGCCAGCUUGGUGGAGGCCCCCUGCUUCCCCCUGUCCCUGCAGUGCGAGAUUCAGCAAUCACAGGCAAAAGAGGCCAUUCUCGCACAUUCUCAGAUCUUGCAAGACAGAGAGGGUGAAAUUCAGAAGCUGAAAGAAGAGCUGCAGUCCAGAGACAGAGAACUGCAGGCUUUGACAGCGGAGCUGCAGCCGUUCGGGCAAUCGCCAGGAAAGCCCAGCUACAGCGCGCUGGAGGCGGAGCUGGUCACGGCACGCCAGGAGCGCGAUUCCCUCAACCAGCAGCUCCUUAACACGAUCAAACACAAGGUGUUGCUGUCCCAGGAGGUGGACGCCUGGCAGGAGGACAUGAGGCUGGUGAUACGCCAGCAGGUCCAGCAGCAGGAGGAGCAGCGGCAGAGGCAGCACAGGGGCCUGAGCAGGAACUCCCGCACCAGCAUGUCCCUCAGAAUUCGAGGGGAGGGCGAGAAAAAAGGCUUCUUCUCCUCUCUGUUCAGCAGCGACUGAGGGCGUCGACCAGCGGAGGGAAAGCUCGAGACGCGAACUCGCUUUUUCAGCUGUAGCUCUCCGCUGCUCCACAAGACGAACCGGCGCAUUCUUUUGAGAAAUGUGGCGUUGCCCUAUUAAUGAUAACAUUUAAUACAUCUAGGGGGUGUGGUGGCGCAGUGACGCAGUGGGUUGAACCACAGUCCUGCUC